CGACGACGUCAAAUCGGCUAGCCAUGGCAUUCCGCUGGCUGUCUUUCCUUCUCCUUGCACUUCCAGUUCUUGCACUCCCUCAAACUAGCAGCAAAGAAGCCCAGUCGUUUGGCUGCUCCACGCCAGCGAACAUCCCGUUCAACGAUGACAAGCUUCCCGACCCUUUCUUAUUCAACGAUGGGACCCCCGUUCGCAGCCUCACCGAUUGGUCUUGCCGUCGCCAGCAGCUUGCCUCUCUGAUUCAGGGCUACGAAGCGGGCACUCUGCCCCCGAAACCGCCCAUUGUCACUUCCACUUUCUCCCAGAAUGGCCUGACAGGCAACUUAACUGUCACCGCCGGAUUUCCUGGUAACACAACCACGUUCUCCUCUCCCGUCACUUUCCCCAAUGGCACGGUUCCUACGGAAGGCUGGCCUCUCCUCAUCGCCUACAGCGGUCUCAGCAUUCCGAUUCCCGACGGGAUUGCCGUAUUGACCUACGACAACAGCGCCAUAGGCGAACAAAAUGAUCAAACAAGCCGAGGCGUCGGCCAGUUCUUCGACGUUUACGGCCACAACGCAACCGCGAGCGCCAUGAGUGCCUGGGUCUGGGGUGUCAGCCGCAUCAUCGACGUGCUCGAGGUCACGCCCGCCGCACAUGUCAACACCGCGAAGAUCGCCGUCACGGGCUGCUCUCGCGAUGGCAAGGGUGCGCUCAUGGCGGGUGCCUUCGAGGAGCGCAUCGCGCUCACCAUCCCGCAGGAGUCCGGCUCGGGCGGCGACACGUGCUGGCGGUUGUCCAAGUUCGAGCAGGACAGCGGCGACGUCGUGCAGCAGGCGACGGAGAUCGUGCAGGAGAACGUCUGGUUCUCGACCAACUUUGACAACUUCGUCUUCAACAUCAGCGUCCUUCCGUACGACCACCACUCGCUCGCAGGCCUGAUUGCGCCGCGCCCGAUGAUCUCGUACGAGAACACGGACUUCGAGUGGCUCAGCCCGCUCAGCGGGUUCGGAUGCAUGACUGCGGCGCACCCGAUCUGGGAGGCGAUGGGCGUUCCCGACAACCAUGGCUUCGUCCAGGUCGGCAACCACAGCCACUGCGAAUUCCCAUCCGACCUCAACCCAACCCUCUUCGCCUUCUUCGACAAGUUCUUGUUGGGCAAGGAGGCGAACACGACAAUUUUCGAGACGAACGAGGUGUUCAAUGGCACAGUGUGGAACCCAAGCCAGUGGAUCAACUGGACCACCCCUACGUUGUCUCAUUAGUAGUCACAUUCCUCUGCCUUCCGCACAUAUAUAGGACCCUAACAGCAUUGCCGUAAACAAAAUGAUCAGUGUACAAUUACGAAGAAGUAUAUCAAGCCAUGAGAGCAAUGUGCCUCAGUUCACUCUGAACCUGCUGGCCAACUUUCAUCGGCUCGUAAAUGCUCUCCGCUUCUUCAUCAAUCUUGCCAAGAUCAAUCGCAUCUGCUCUUAUCUUCCUAGAACGCUCUUGAAGGGAGGGAAUGGGCGCGAGGUCAUAGUCGGACGAUAAAUGCCAAAAGAAUGUUGAAGAGAUACGAAUCAAAGGCCGCUCAGAUGCCUGCGCUUUGCGGCGUUCAAUCACCUGGAGUGUAGCGUCGUUCACCACGACUUCAUGGUAGCCAGCCUUGAUUAAACCACCGCUGAGAUGCUCGAGCUGCUUGCCAGCUUGAACAAGGAGAUACCUGCCGGUGGCAGGAAACUUGACAGGAAUCCGUUUGCCUGUGUUACGAGCCCAUAUGUUGAGACCAGGGUAUCUCGAGCGGCCAUGGAUGGUCAAGAAGUUGAGAUCGGUAUGGAAACCGGCGAGGAUGGUAUCCUUCUUUCCAUACUUGAUGAGAUCGGACGCAGUAGGAGCAAGUAGAUGGGGACCAUAUCUACCGGCAUCUCCGAAGGUUUCUCGCGGGAGUCCGAGACCGACUGCCGCCAUUUCUGCCAGAUUCUCGACUGCGUUCUUCAUCGACUGCCCCCACUUCUCCAUAAUUGGAGUCCACCGCUCCCGAAUGUACUUUGCUUGAGGCACGAUGUUAGGGGCAUUAAGCCCUGGAAACUGAGUCUCGUAUGGCGGCUUUUCGCUCAUCUUCCAGAAAAAGCGACACUUGGGGUCAGGACUGUGCUGAGCAAUAUCCAAGGGCCGCUCAGAAGGGUCGAGGCGAGCGAUGACAUUUAGACAUGGUUCAUGCACCGCGCACUUCGGUUUCUCCGUGUUCUCAAGGGUAACACCAACCUGGUAGCCUAACUCAGGACGUUCAUCUUUACGGAGCUCGGCCCCGGGCUGAGCGAAAUAAUCCUCGACGAGGUCCAGAAAGAUGUUGUUAUCCUCUUCAGAAACACGAGAGUCGUGAAGGAGCAGUGCGCCGUAAGUAAUAAGAGCAUCUGCAGCCUUCUGGCACUCGUGCAGCACCGAGAGGGACCCUGACUGCUGCGAGAGGAAGAUAUCGAGGUCGACAAUGGGCAGGAUCACGUCGGUCAUCGU